AUGGCUACCAAGACCAACAUUACGCUUUACACCGCGUCAACUCCAAACGGGAUCAAAGUUCCAAUCCUGCUUCAAGAGCUUGGGCUCGACUACAAGUUGUACCGCGUCAAGCUCAGGGAGAACGAGCAGAAAGAGCCAUGGUAUCUGGAAAUCAACCCCAAUGGCCGAAUCCCCGCCAUCACAGAUGAAUGGUCCGACGGACAAAAGAUCCGUGUUUUUGAAAGCGGACCUAUCAUGGAGUACCUCGUUGACCGCUACGACAAGGACAACAAAGUCUCAUAUCCAAGAGACUCCCGUGAAUAUUGGGAGGUAAAGAGCUGGCUCUCAUGGCAGAUCGGUGGCCUGGGCCCCAUGCAAGGACAACUAGAGCAUUUCCGAAGAUUCGCAACCGAAAAGAUUGAGUACAGCAUCAACCGCUACGCCAAUGAGACUCAUCGCCUCUAUCGCACCAUGGACACCCACCUGGCCAAAUCUCCACACGGGCUGCUCGUCGGCGACCGCGUCACUAUCGCCGAUAUAGCCUGUUUUGGCUGGAUUGUCAAUCACGGCAAGUCCCUUUCCUAUAUAUACUAUUCUCGGACGGUGUUUCUCUUCAAGAGUUUCCCCAUAUAG